GUGGUUUUAGGGUCACGGGGGGUCAGUGUCCAGCGCUACGGCUGCGUCUUCUCGGAUGCUGUCCAUGAGCUGCUGCCCCAGUUUGGCUCUGCUGAGAGUGGGGCAUCCCCCCUGAGCCCCCUCCCCUACUUUGCCCCCCCGCCCUGCGCCGUGNCCCCCCGGGACCCCCUGGACGUUUACCUGGAGCAUCGGCUGCUGCUGGAGCAGCGGGGCCGGGCCACGGGAGCCCCCAGGACCCCCCAAAACCAGUUCCCCCCGGAGCUGCUGCGGCGUUUCGAGCUGUAUUUCCGGGCCCCCUCGUGCUCCAAGGCGCUGUCCCCGCGGGAGCUGCGCGCCGCCAGCAUCGGCGCCCUGGUCACCGUGCAGGGAAUCGUCACCAGGGCCAGCGAGGUGCGGCCGCUGCUGCGCGUGGCCACCUACAGCUGCGACCAGUGCGGCGCCGAGACCUACCAGCCGGUACUGGGGGAGGAUUUCUACGGGAAGCUGGCGGCCUCCAUCGCCCCCGAGAUCUUCGGGCACGAGGACGUGAAGAAAUCGCUGCUGCUGCUGCUGGUGGGGGGCGUGGAGAGGAGCCCCCGCGGCAUGCGCAUCCGCGGGAACAUCAACAUCUGCCUGAUGGGGGACCCGGGCGUGGCCAAGUCCCAGCUGCUCACCUACAUCGACCGCCUGGCGCCGCGCAGGGAGGAUUUCUACGGGAAGCUGGCGGCCUCCAUCGCCCCCGAGAUCUUCGGGCACGAGGACGUGAAGAAAUCGCUGCUGCUGCUGCUGGUGGGGGGCGUGGAGAGGAGCCCCCGCGGCAUGCGCAUCCGCGGGAACAUCAACAUCUGCCUGAUGGGGGACCCGGGCGUGGCCAAGUCCCAGCUGCUCACCUACAUCGACCGCCUGGCGCCGCGCAGCCAGUACACGCCGGGGCGCGGCUCCUCGGCCGUGGGGCUGACGGCGGCCGUGCUGGGGAACCCUUUUUUACCCAUUUUAUACCCAUUUUUACCCUGCCAGUACACGCCGGGGCGCGGCUCCUCGGCCGUGGGGCAGACGGCCACCAUGCCAGUACACGCCGGGCGCGGCUCCUCGGGCGUGGGGCUGAUGGCGGCCAUUUUUUCCCGAAUUCCCCGUUUUUUGCCCCAUUCCAGGCUGGCCCAGCACAUCACGUACGUGCACCAGCACUGCCGGGAGCCGCCCAGCGCCUUCCAGCCCCUGGACAUGAAACUCAUGAGGCGGUACCUGAGCUGCUGCCGGCGCCGCGCCCCGCGCCUGCCCGAGGCCCUGGGCGAGUUCAUCACGGCCGCCUACGUGGAGCUGCGCCGCGAGAGCCGCGACGGCGUCUACACCUCUGCCAGGACCCUGCUGGCCAUCCUCCGGCUGGCCACAGCACUGGCGCGGCUGCGGCUGGGCGCGCUGGUGGAGAAGGACGACGUCAGCGAGGCGCUGCGGCUGCUCGAGGCCGCCCGCGACUCCCUCCGGGGAGACCCCGACCCCGCCCCCAGGUAAAAAACCCGAAUUUGGGGAAAAUCCCCAUUUUGGGAACGCU